UUGCGACUGGAAAACUACAUAUUUUGAAGAGCAAAAGUCACAGAGCUUUGAAAACGACGGGAGUGCUAAGUCGCUGACAACGUUGUUGUCAACAGCUGAAACGCAGAAUUCGUUUCGAUAAAACAGCAGAUGAACGGCCUUCCACUUUAACUCUGUUUUUUCGUCCGUUUCGCGAGUAUUCUGAUUCAAUCAGUCGUUCGCACUGCACGAGCUCUGCAAUAUCUUUCGGAUAAUUACAGUGGAUACGAACGCCGAGAUUCACCGAGCUUGAGAAAAAAACAGACGAAUCUAUCGGAAUGUUUUAGUGGAUGUGUAACAAUUUAGUCAUGGAGUACGUAAAAUUUUGGAUCCUUGUGUUCUGUACCUUUACAACGAUUUCGCACACUUCUGCCGAAAGUGACGAGGACGAUGACUAUCUGACAUUUCCACCGGGAUUUCGCUUGGGUGCUGGCGGAGCCGCCUAUCAGAUCGAGGGUGCUUGGAACGUCAGUGGCAAAGGCGUGAGUGUUUGGGAUACUUUCACCCACACGUACCCGCAAAAUAUCAAAGACGGGAGCAACGGUGACGUCGCGUGUGAUUCGUAUCACAAGUACAAGGAGGACGUCCGAUUGGUGAAAGAAAUCGGAUUGAAAUACUACCGAUUCUCACUAAGCUGGACGAGAAUUUUACCAACCGGUUAUCCAAACGUGGUCAGCAAGGAUGGACUACGUUACUAUAACGAUCUAAUAGACGAAUUACACCGCAAUGGGAUCGAGCCGGUUGUUACUCUUUACCACUGGGACCUACCGCAGGUAUUGGAAGACCAGGGCGGCUGGACCAACGACGAGGUGGUCAACUGGUUCGGCGACUACGCCAGGAUAGUUUUCACAGAGUUCGGACCGAAGGUCAAAAUAUUUACGACGAUAAACGAGCCCACGUCAUUUUGUAGAGAAGGAUACGGACAUCUCAACAGAGCUCCGAACAAGGAUCUGGAUCCGUGCGGAACUUACCUUUGCGGUCACAAUGCCCUCAAAGCUCACGCUAGAGCGUACCAUAUUUAUGACCGAGAAUUUCGCCCCACGCAGAACGGAAAGAUCGGGAUAGUCUUCGCGUGUCCUGGACAAAUAGCGAAAAAUCCUGGUGACGAGGCCACCGUCGACACGUAUUAUCAAUUCACCUGCGGGUGGUUCGCGCAUCCGAUAUAUUCGGAAGAAGGCGAUUACCCUCAAAUAAUGAAGACCAGAGUUGCCAAGAACAGUUUCGACGAAGGCUACUUCAGAUCGCGACUUCCCGUCUUCUCACCAAAAUGGAUCGAAUACAUCAGAGGUACCGCCGAUUAUUUUGGACUGAACCAUUACACCUCGGUGCUUGUUGAGGAAGCCCCGAAGGAACGAGAAACUAUUUUGGAUACCGGAAUCCACGCGAGCGUUGAUUCGAGCUGGCCUGACACGGCUACGAGUUGGCUGAAGAUCGUGCCUUCCGGCUUCGGAGGUAUUCUCAGAAAGAUAAGAGAUGAAUACAACAACCCUAACGUCUUCGUUCUCGAGAACGGUUGCUCGGACAACAGAACAACACUUUCCGACACUCAACGCAUCGAAUACUUCUAUUCGUACCUAAAAGAAAUGAUCACUGCGAUCAAACGGGAUGGUUGUAACGUAACCAUGUACUCGAUCUGGAGUCUUCUCGACAAUUUCGAAUGGAACGACGGCUACGCAGAAGGAUUCGGGAUCGUACAAGUUGAUUUCAAGGACCCCAACAGAACUCGAACACCCAAGCUUUCCGUCGAUCGGUGGAAAGAAGUCGUACGAACCCGUAAACUUCAACCUUUGAAUCCUACGAUCGAAGACGCCUCGGAGUUAUUUGGACACCAAGGACGGAAACGAUCGGCAAAAUGCUAGCCGUAGUUGUGAAGAGGAUUUCUGACGUAACGCCGGCUAAAAAUAUUUGUCACGUACACGACUCAGCUACUCUUUUCGGGACCUACGGCAGCGUUUUUAAAAAUAUCAGGCAUAUUCGAAUCAUCUUUUUGUAAUAGGCGUUUGUCCAUAUGAACGCACAUUGUCGACGAUCCGGCGAUAAGUAAACUGGAAUUGAAAGCUCUGUAAUUGUUUGAAUUCAUCGAAAACUCGUGAUUCCACGAGUUACGACCUGUUGUUUUACUCCUCUUAUCUAACCAAACUCACAAUCAGUUUUGUCGGAGCUGAUUUUGACCGCCGGGUCUGGCCACCAACGUUAAAAAAAUUCGAGUGGUUACGACGAAGAGCUGACGAAGUCAAACAAAUCGCCGGAAUAGAUUAGAAAUAAGUCAUUCCCUGACUACGAACGCCACGCCGCGAAAUUCAGCGAUAGUCGGUACCCAAGCGUAGAACAUUAUAAACGCUGAAUAGAAUAACUUUUAUGUUUUGCGUAAUUAAUGAUAUUAUAAUUUGCCGGUAGAUGUUGAGUUGUGUCGUUGAACUUCAUUAAAUUUUUGCGAAUGUUUUUCUGCGAUUCGGUUAUCUGUAACAUAUUCGGUGUGGGUUUGACCAUUGGAAAGGUUCAACGAUUAUUGUCGGUCGGCUGAUUAAUUAAAAAUAAACAUUAUCUAAUCUAA